UUAAGAAUUUUAAAUCAGUGUUACACAAAAGUUAGUGGGCAGCUUCAGAGUAUAACGCGUUGCGUUAUAGGUGAUAUUAAAGCGAUCCUGGUAAACAUAUCACAACCAUAGGAACCGUACUGCCCGCGUCUUUGUUCUCCGGGGACGGAAUUUAGGGGGACACCGCGUUACAGCGGCGGCUAUUGUGUUUCCAGGGGAACAGCUCCAACGCUUCACAGAAGAUGAGUGUAAGUAAGCGUGCAAUUCAUCACUGACAGUUACUGUUAUUUAUUUAUUUUUUUUCGUUGAGGGGGAUGUUUCCACUCAUUUCAAAGCGAAGAUAAACACACUUCACGGAGGAUGGUAUCAUGUCUAAUGGCACCCAAGCUGAACCAUGGAUCGAGGAGUUGAUCCAGAACUACGGAACUCGGCAAAGGACCGCCAGGGUGCUCGCUCGUGUUUUAAGGGUUGGUGAAGCGACAGGCUCUCUGAAGGAGCUGGAUGAGGAUCCGGUGGCACUCCUUCUUCUGUCUGACGGACCGGCUGCGAUCCGUGGCCUCCUCACUAGGGAGGCAUGGCAGAAGUUUCUCAGAGGCCCCCACAGCCCGGGGGCGGGUGAAACGUUCUCCAGCCUUGCAGGCCACAGCGUGUUGCUGCUCAGCUACAGCCUCAUGGCCCAGAGGGAGGUGGAGGAGGGAAAAUGGCAGUUGAUGUUGACAGUCCAUGAACUGACCACCACAUUUACCCCUGGGGUUCAUAAACCCCGCAGGUCUCUGCAGGAGGGACCUUCCUGUGACAGUGAACCUUGCUGUUCAGAGUCCCCUGUGACGGCAUGUCAGGACAGACUGAGCUCUCUUCUGCUGGAAGUUAGGGGGCUGCUGUCGCCCCCCCGUGGCCCUGAUUGCCAGGGCUGUCCUCUGACUGCCAGAACGAGAUGGGAUAGAGACAGGAUCAGGUACAAGGACGGCGCCGCAUUCUCCAUCCCUGUUUCCUGCUGCUAUAUCUCCGAGCGCCAGAUGGAGGCGAUGCAGAGGCAGGCCGCCAGCCUGUGUGUUUCUGUGACAUGUAAUUCAGGUGAACUGGGGGAAAAGGGUUAUCCUCACAGCCCUGACCCGGAAAACGAUUCUCUCUUGGAAUUUGGGAAUCAGGAGAAGGUGCCCAUUAACCCGUGGGAUAGGUUCGCUGCUGAGGUCGGAAUCAGAACACCGUCGGAAGAAGGGUCAGGGUCUGUCAGCCCCGAAGGCCUUCCUGAAAUAGACGACACACCGCUGUGUCCCCCGCAACCCCAUCACUCUCAGCCCGACGUGGUUGCCAUGGCAACAGGCAGGCAGAUGUCAACCUGGAGCAAUAGGCCGGCCCCAUGCGAGAAGCAGGCUAAUGAAGGCCUCGAUUCUGCGGGAGGCUCAGAGCAGCUGAGAAGACCUUCUAACCAGAGCGGCCACCCCCCUGCAGAGCCCGCGUCAAGCUCCACUGCGUCCCCCUCCCCCGUGUGGACACCACUCUUAGCCAAUGAUGUGACCCUUUCCCUUGACCUCGGCCCAGGCCGCUCCAACCUCAGGCUCCACCCCCGGAUCCGCCCCCCACUACCCACACCCCCAGUUUGUGAACUGAAAACUCAGCAGGAAGAAGAAGUCCUGCUGAGUGAGUCAGUAAAUAGAAGUCAGAGGAGGAAGAGGCCUCUGUUGACAGUAGACGAGCACGUCAGAUUCAGGGACGACGAAGAAGACCAGGAGGAGGGCGGGCUGCAUGAGGAAGAAGAACCCAAAAUUCUCACUGGCUGGGACUCCUGCCCUUCAGGACCAGGGACUGUCAGGAGCCUGAUUAAGCCCCGCCCCAAGCAUGCACAUCCCCCAGCCUCUCAGGACUCACCCCGGCGGCUCAGCUACACCUACGACCCAAAGGGCUGUGUGGCACAAGCCCCCCGCCAUCUCAGAAUUCAGCUGGGCCAGGAGCAGAUGAACAGGGAUUACCGCUACUCAUGUGCGGAUUGCUUCAGAAGCUCAAGGAGGUGUACAGGGGCUUGCUGGUCAGCGCCGUAUCCUCACGGCGUAUUUAGUGCGUUUGCUGUGUUUCUUGUAGGGUUCGUGAUGACAUCUUGCGGUGGACAGUGAGGUACCUGAUCCACAAAGUCCCCUAUGAGAGCACCAGCUGACCUUCAUCAGCAAGCUGCACAACCCAAGUUCCUGAGGAUGAACUCUGACCCUUAACUCUCAUUGAACUGUAACCCCAUUAGUAUGAACCAGAAUAAAACUGCUCUGUUCCUUGUUCACAUGAGCAGUAAGCAGUA